AAAGCAAAGCAUCUCAAGCGAUCCUGAGUCGUGUGUGCCGCAGAAUAAUCUGAAUAAAAUCAACCAAAGAUAUUAUAUACAAAGCCCUAGAACAACAAUGGUGAAAAGUGAAAUGGAAUUCAAGAGCAACUUCUCCAUCGAUGCCAUUUUGGCCAAGAAACCCCAAGUAAACCAUCAGCAGCCGUCCAUCGCUAUGGGCAUCAAGCAGGAGCCCAGUCUUCAUCACCAUCAUCAGCUGCACCAUCAGCUGCCCCAUCAUCAGUACGUGCAUCCCUACUCCAACUCGGAUGGCGAGCUCUCCGCCUCGGAGGACUUUGACACUCCCAGCAGGACCAGCACUCCCAUGAGCAGUGCCGCCGAGAGUCUGUCCUCCCAGAACAAUGACAAACUGGAUGUGGAGUUCGAUGACGAUCUGGAGGAUCAGCUGGAGGAGGACCAGGAGAGCGCCGAAGAGGAGGGUAAUCCCAGCAAGAAGCAGAAGAUGAGCUCAUCCUCCGCCUCCUCCUCCUCCUCCGGUUCGGACAACAAGAAGCCGCCCUACAGCUACAAUGCCCUCAUCAUGAUGGCCAUCCAGGACAGUCCCGAACAGCGCUUGACCCUCAAUGGGAUCUACCAGUACCUCAUCAAUCGUUUCCCCUACUUCAAGGCCAACAAGCGCGGCUGGCAGAACUCCAUUCGCCACAAUCUAAGCCUGAACAAGUGCUUCACAAAGAUCCCGCGCAGCUACGAUGAUCCCGGCAAGGGCAACUACUGGAUCCUGGACCCCUCUGCCGAGGAGGUCUUCAUUGGCGAGACCACCGGCAAACUGAGGCGCAAGAAUCCCGGCGCAAGUCGCACUCGCCUGGCCGCCUAUCGCCAGGCCAUCUUCUCGCCCAUGGCUGGCGGUGGUUCCCCCUACGGAGCUCCUGCUCCCGGCUAUGGUUAUCCCGGAGUUCCCUUCGGAGGAGCAGCUGCCGCCGCCGCCGCCGCUGCUGCCGCUGCCGCUCUCUAUCAGCGCAUGAAUCCCGCCGCCUAUCAGGCUGCCUACCAGCAGAUGCAUCAGUACCAGGCUCCUCCCCAGCAUCCCGCCGCCCAGCUGCAGGGCUACCCGCCGCAUCUCAACUCCGCUGAACUCUUCCAGCGGAUGCAGUUCUUCGGCAAGUUCCCCGCCAGCUAAAUGUAUGCACUGGGAAGAAAAGGAAAACAAGCCUUUGGAUCACCAGCAAAACGAAAGAAAACCAACCAAGGGACCAGGCGGAGCAGCGUUGGAUCCGGAGAGGAUCUAGCCUUAGGUUCUUCCAACCCGCCAGUGACGUCUAAAUGCUGCAAUUUAGCAAAAUUCCCCAGCACUUUGCC